UUUUUAUUUUGUUCGUUGUUGUCAAAGUUUAAAGUAUUAUUAUUCAAAAAUAAAUUAUGCGAAAACGACAUGAUUACUGGGAAACAGAUUAUCAACGCACAAGCUUCAAAAUUUUACGACAUCAAUUAUAAAUGAUACAAACUGUAGGUUGUAACUGAGUAGACUGCAAAUGAACAAAAAGGAGGAAUUAUUGAAUUGGCAAAUUAUUUGACUGCAGAAAUGUCAAUAAUGUCAGUUUUAUCACGGACAUUGUUUUGUUUUGUCUUUGUAGCGAGCCAAAGCGCUGAACAUCUGAUUGGAAGCCAGCACAUGAAGCAGUCACGAUCUGGUGCACCAAUGCAAUUUAGAGAUGGCGAUAUUAUACUCGGCGCUGCAAUGCAAGUCACGAAUGAAAAUGCCAAUGGAGAUUGUGUAGAAGAAUUGACAGGAAUGUAUCUGGUAGAAACAAUGAACAUGAUCAUUGACGAGAUCAACGCGAAUGACGAAAUACUGACUGGAAUAAAACUAGGAACGGUAAUGAUCGAUACAUGUAGCUCCGAUGUGCAUGCAUUGAAAAGGGUUAUCAUGGAUAUUUUACCACUUGCAUUGGAUAAAAGAAUAUGCGGACAAAAUUGUUCCGACGAAGAUUCAAAGAAGCAUAUUUUAGCAGGAUUGAUCGGCGCAUCGUUUAGUUCAGUAUCUAUGCAGCUUGCAACUAUAUUACAAGUUUUCCAUAUUUCGCAGGUUAGUUAUUGGUCGACAAGUUCAGAGUUGAGUGACAAAACAAGAUUUGAAUAUUUUUUCCGGUCAGUUGCUCCCGACAUACACCAGGUUGAUGCCAUGAUCUCAUUCAUAAAGGAAAUGGAAUGGAAUUAUAUUUCUUUUAUUUAUGACGAUGAUGCUUAUGGAGUCGAUGGAUAUACAGAAUUCACUCGUAAAGCGGAAAAAAAUAAUAUUUGUAUAGCUUUCACAAAAGCAUUACCAAUGAUAGGGGAGGAUAUAAAUAUGACACUCGUUAUAGAAGAGUUGCUGGCAAGAAAGAACGCAAGAGUUGUUGUUGUAUUCUCCAACACUGGAAACGCAGAAAAGGUAUUUGUUGCCGCACAAUCCAUUCCAGAAGCAGUUGAAAAUUUGAUUUGGAUUGGAUCUGAUGGAUGGAUAUCGUAUAUACCUCAGGAUCACACAGACGAUUCGUAUUUAGAUGUAAUAGAUGGUACGAUUGGAUUCUUGCCAAAAAUCAAUUUAAAAGAGAAUUUAAAAGAUUACAUGACAAAUCUUACGUUGUCCCAAAACUAUGGAGAAAAUUCAACGAGAAAUCCUUGGUUUGCUGAGUAUUUUAGUCGGAAAAACAACUGUUCUUUACUUUCAGAAAAUGGAAGCAAUUCAAGUAAAAGAAUAUGUGAUGGAGAUGAAAAGAUUAAUGCAACAACAUUUCGGAUUCAUAACACACCUAUAUCAGACGCCGUGUAUGCAAUGGUAUAUGCCUUGGAUGAUUACCAUAAAAAUAUCUGUGGCGGUAAAGCUGGUUUGUGUGAUGAAAUCAAACAGAAAGCAGGAACACAUCAAGUUGCAAGUGAACUCUAUUAUCAUUUGAAAAACGUUUCGUUUACAACCUCUGGCGGUUCGCAGUUUAAAUUUGACAAGAAUCAAGAUGGACCUCCAAUAUAUGAUGUAUUUGUGUUCAAGAAACAACAUGUUGCAAACACUUCAACUAAUUUACUGGAUGGUUGGUCGAAAAUAGGAACAUAUCAAGAUAGCGCUAUCGAAUGGGAUACGAGACUUCCGGAUAAGAUUUACUUGACUCCAUCCACCUGCAGUCAAAAGUGUAAACACGGAGAAGCUCAAAUACGCGGAACUCAGAAAUGUUGCUGGUAUUGCCAAAAGUGCACUGCACAGGAGUUUGUGUAUAACGAGACAGCGUGUCAAAAAUGCGACUUCGGAGACAAACCUAACAAACAUGUAAAUGGAUGCGAACCAUUACCGAUAAGACAAAUGGAAUAUAAUUCAGGUCACUCAUUAUUUGCGUUGUCAUUUGGAGUAUUUGGUCUUUUGUCGACAAUUUAUAUCACCUUCAUUUUUAUCAAGUACAGAGAAACGGCGAUAGUAAGAGCAUCUGGAAAGGAACUUUGUUUCUUUGUGUUAUUCGGUAUUUUCAUCACUCUACUAAACUGCUUUUCCGUGACAUCUACGCCUAGUAAUCUUUCAUGUACAACAUCGCGUGUCAUCUUGUCAAUAGGACCUACAUGCAUGUACGUUGGUUUGCUGAUGAAAACGAUACGAGUCGUGUUCAUAUUUCAGUCAAGCGGAAUUUUAACCACACGGACAAAACAAUAUCUCCAGCCAGUGCAAUUUACGUUGAUAACGGUUGCAGUAUCGUCGGUGCAGAUUCUGAUUCUAAUUAUUUGGUCAAGAUUAAAACAACCAACAAUAGAUCUCAUAGUAUUCGAUGAUUUUGCUUUUCUAACAUGCAAAGUAUUAGUCGACAUUGAGAUUCUCGUAGGACUUAUUUACCCGUUCAUUAUCAUUGUUGUUUGUACUGUUCUGGCAACAAUUAAUAGAAACGUACCCACUGGAUUCAAAGAAACUCUCUACGUGGGGUUCACAAUGUACACCACAUGCAUUAUAUGGCUUGCUUUUUUACCGAUAUUUUUAACAAAUUCCACUGACGUUCCAAAGAAGCUUACAACAGUUUCUGCAUCUCUAACACUGAGCGCGAUAACUGUAUUAUUUUGUCUUUUUGCACCUCGAUGUUACGCAAUUUUAUUUCACCCUGAAUGGAAUACAUCAGAGUCUGUCAUGUCUAGAAGUCGAAGUUAUAAUAGUACUAAGAGACAAAGGAACUCAACAUCGGUGGUUCAUCCAGACACAACCGUGUCACCUUCAGUGAAACGAUCAGAUAAUUCCGCGGAAGACAAAAUCAACGAAUUGCCAGACAACUGAUAACGAGAAAUAAGCAAUGUUGGGCGGGUAAAAGUCCCAAAAACCUAGUCACGAUAAGGGGUCACUAUUCCCCCGAAUCACCAGUCGAAUUGCAGUUUUUUGGAGCACCAAGUCAAGUCCGCGUCAUAAAAGAUUUUGAAUAAACAGUAAAAUUUAUAAAUACGAGUGAGAUUGACACUGAGACUUCAAGAUCUUGUUCUGAAUGUUAAACUACGUUUUAAUUAAUUACAAAAUCAAUGUAGUCUAUUUUGAGUAGUCAUAGUUAAGCUAUUGUAAAAUUUUCGACAUUCAAUGCAACAUUAAUCUAAGUAUUUCAUAGAAUUUUACUUGUUAUUUUAAAGACAAGUACAAUGUUAAGUUUCUCAGGAGAUUAGUCGAGUGUUUCCGAAUAGGGUCGUUUCGUUUAGAUGACUUCGAGUCUUUAAAAAGUGACCCAAUUCCGAGUCAACUCACUGACUUGUGUCUUCUCAACACUGGAAAGAUAAUCAACUCUAAAAAAAUGGUCAAAUAUUUGAAUGCAAUCACGUUUUUGUGGUUGACACGUUUUCAAACAU